AUGGCUUCAGAUAUUCCUGGAUCAGUGACAUUGCCGGUUGCACCUAUGGCAACAGGACAGGUGAGAAUGGCAGGAUCCAUGCCUGCUAGAGGAGGAAAGAGGCGUUCUGGAAUGGAGUUUGAUGAUGAAGAUGGGGAAGGUCCCAGCAAAUUUUCAAGGGAGAAUCAUAGUGAAAUUGAAAGACGCAGGAGAAAUAAGAUGACACAGUAUAUCACUGAGCUGUCGGACAUGGUGCCCACCUGCAGUGCAUUGGCCCGUAAACCUGACAAGCUGACAAUUCUGCGUAUGGCUGUUUCGCACAUGAAGUCUAUGAGGGGCACCGGAAAUAAAUCUACUGAUGGGGCAUAUAAGCCUUCUUUCCUAACGGAACAGGAACUGAAACAUCUUAUCCUUGAGGCUGCAGAUGGGUUCCUGUUUGUAGUUGCAGCUGAGACCGGGAGAGUCAUCUACGUAUCGGAUUCCGUUACUCCAGUGCUGAACCAGCCACAGUCAGAGUGGUUUGGCAGCACACUCUAUGAGCAGGUUCAUCCCGAUGAUGUGGAAAAGCUGAGAGAGCAACUGUGUACAUCUGAAAACUCUAUGACAGGGCGAAUUUUGGACUUGAAGACUGGAACAGUAAAGAAGGAAGGUCAGCAGUCCUCAAUGAGGAUGUGCAUGGGAUCAAGACGUUCCUUCAUUUGCAGAAUGAGGUGUGGAAAUGCCCCUUUGGAUCAUUUACCUCUGAACAGAAUAACCACCAUGCGAAAAAGAUACAGGAAUGGCCUAGGCCCAGUAAAAGAAGGAGAAGCACAGUAUGCAGUAGUCCACUGCACUGGAUAUAUCAAGGCCUGGCCACCAGCAGGAAUGACUAUACCAGAAGAAGAUGCAGAAGUGGGACAAGGUAGCAAAUAUUGCCUUGUGGCAAUAGGGAGGCUUCAGGUAACUAGCUCACCUGUGUGCAUGGACAUGAAUGGAAUGUCUGUUCCUACCGAGUUCUUGUCUAGACACAACUCUGAUGGAAUAAUCACAUUUGUUGAUCCAAGAUGUAUCAGUGUGAUUGGCUACCAACCACAGGAUCUUCUGGGAAAAGACAUUUUAGAAUUCUGCCAUCCGGAAGAUCAAAGCCAUUUGAGAGAGAGUUUCCAACAGGUUGUUAAACUGAAAGGCCAAGUCCUAUCUGUGAUGUAUCGUUUUCGUACCAAAAACCGGGAGUGGAUGUUAAUCAGGACCAGCAGCUUCACUUUUCAGAAUCCUUAUUCUGAUGAGAUUGAAUACAUCAUUUGCACCAACACUAACGUUAAACAGCUUCAGCAACAGCAAGCCGAGCUUGAAGUACAUCAGAGAGAUGGGUUGUCCUCCUAUGACUUAUCUCAGGUACCUGUUCCAAAUAUACCAACUAACGUUCAUGAGGGUGGAAAGCCAGUGGAGAAGCCAGACACUAUCUUCUCCCAGGAGCAGAAUCCUAGGUUUGCUGAGAUGUUUGCAGGAAUAACUGCUUCAGAUAAAAAAAUGAUGGCCUCUGCAUCCCCAGCGGGAAACCAACAGCUUUAUUCUCAGGGGAGCCCAUUCCAGCCAGGACAUUCAGGAAAGGCUUUCAGCUCAUCUGUGGUACAUGUGCCUGGUGUGAACGAUAUCCAGUCCUCUUCUUCAACAGGCCAAAAUUUGACACAGAUCUCUCGUCAGUUAAAUCAGAGUCAGGUUGCCUGGACGGGGAGUCGUCCACCAUUUCCAGGACAGCAAAUCCCAUCACAAUCUGGCAAGACGCAAUCAUCACCGUUUGGAAUUGGAACCAGUCAUACCUAUCCAGCUGAUCCAUCAUCGUACAGCCCUCUCUCUAGCCCAGCCACUUCUUCCCCAAGUGGAAAUGCCUACUCUAGCCUAGCAAACAGAGGUGCAGGGUUUGCUGAGAGUGGCCAAAGCAGUGGACAAUUCCAAGGGAGACCUUCGGAGGUCUGGUCCCAGUGGCAAAGCCAGCAUCAUAAUCAGCAAAGCAGUGACCAGCAUUCUCACCAGCAGCCCAGUCAGACUGAAGUCUUCCAAGACAUGCUGCCUAUGCCGGGCGAUCCCACACAGGGCACUGGCAAUUACAACAUUGAAGAUUUUGCUGAUUUGGGCAUGUUUCCACCAUUUUCUGAGUAA